CUAAGUUUUGCCUGCUCUCAUUCACUUCGGCUAAAGUUCCUCUGUCAUCGACAAACAUGGAGCUGUAUCUGCCCAUUCUUACCUUCACUGCUUUUCUCUCAGCUCAUGCUCAGUUAGAGCAUAACGAUUUCUCAACUACUGGAUGCUCUGGAACAGAUAACGAGUCUAUGAUUGGAUCUGACGGAGAGGAGGCGUGGCACGCCGACUUCAAUCAGAAGACAGGAGUCGUUACGUUACCUGAUUUCGCAGAUCCUAUGAGCUUUUCAGGAUUUUAUGAAGCAAGUGUUGCACAGCAAGAAGUAUGCAAACAAAACCUGGCUGUACUCAUUAAAGCUUACAAGAGCCCACCAGAGGAAAUGGAUCCUCCGGAGACAUCCAUCUAUCCGAGGAACUAUGUGCAGCUGGGUGUUGAAAACACGCUCAUCUGUCACGUGAUGGCCUUCUUUCCUCCACCUGUCAACGUCUCGUGGGCUAAGAACAAUGUGAUUGUGACAGGAGACGUGAGUCUGAGUCAGUAUCGGCCGAAUAGAGACGGAUCCUUCCACGUCUUCUCCUCUCUGAAGAUCACUCCUGAAGAGAAAGACAUCUACAGCUGCACAGUGAACCACCAAGCGCUCCAGGGCCAACCGCAGACCAGAAUAUGGAGCGUCCCGGCGGCGGCUGCUGUCCUGCCCAGUGUGGGUCCGGCGCUCUUCUGUGGAGUGGGACUGACUCUGGGGCUUCUGGGAGUCGCUACUGGACUCUUCUUCAUCAUUAAAGCAACGGUGACUGACACGCCAGACAUGGCCAAAAACAUCAAACAUUUAAUGCAGUGGACCCAGUCAAAGACCGUUUCUGCAGGAUUCUGAAGACAUGACAUUUGCAGUUCAUC